ACGGCGUGUACGCGGACACCAACUCCACGAAUGGCGAGGUGGACAACAAGUAUUCCUCGGUGCCCAUGCCUGCUGCCAACGACAAUUGCCACCUCGCCGCCUACGAUUUGAAGGCGCAGAUGCCUGCGGGCAUUCAGAUCCUGAAGGAGCCUGUUGGGGACAACACCCUCGACUCUGGCGACGGUGGUUACGGCUUGUACUCGGACGCCAACUUUAGAAAGGGCGAGGCGGUCCAAAAGUAUAUUUCAUUACCCUGGCCUCGCGACCGUGGCACCCCGAGAAGAUCGCAGAUUAUGUGGACAUGCACCUUUUCGGGACGAGCCUGCCUCCUGAGGGCCUUACCGUGCCUAUCACGCCCUCGGAGCACAGCGGGAUGUGCGCCGACUGGACCGUACUGUGUAAUGCCUUCGACAUUAUGUGUAACCGUUCAUGUGAGGCCAAUAUGUACUACGACGUACAGUGCUCGACGCGGUGGCAGCACGUAAAAUCAAAGUCGGGGAGGAGAUUGCCAUCAACCACAGUUGCCACGAGAUGGUGGAUGAGGAGGGCGAGGUGGACCUGGACGGAGGCGGACGUGCGUUGAUCGUCGUGUUGGAGUCACGGUUCACGUAACCUGCUCUCAUCGCACGUCCUCUCGUCUUCUGUUGGAGCGGACGGAGCGCAUCCAAUCGGAGUUUGUGUUGUUCUUUGACGCGCCAUACGAGAUGACCAGCCACCACAAUUUCUGGGACCAGGAGGACGGCCAGCACGUCUUGGCAAGUGUCGUUCAGGAGUUCUUUCGUUGAGAUGGACGUGCGGCCAGGCCUUGCGUCGCGCAUCUGAGCGCGGCUGUGCAGCCGUGGCACCAGGA